UCCAUCUGUAAGAGUCCCUGUGGGAAUGCCGCAUUCCACGCGCCGUUAGGCUACCGAAGAUGUAAUCUAAUCGCCGUCGUUUAGAUUUUUGGCAUCUCUUAAACCAAACCAGACCGACUGUGGAAAAAAGUGUACGAUACAUCAGAUCUGAAGAGACCGGCCAAUCGUUACCGGAUCUUUGAACCAUCAGCAGGGAAGCUAAGUUCGCCGCAAUCCGCUGUUCCGAACAUCAAGGAUACAUCCUAGCUUGCAUGAUCUACAGUUGUGGGCUACUUUUUCUCUGAACAAACCCGUUAGAUAGCAGGAGCAUCAAUAAUUUAAUUCUACUAUUCAUAAGUUAAAACUGCCCAACGAAAGUUGUACUCGCAAUCAUCAUUUUGAAUCCGUUUUGUUUUCCGCCCCGACAAAUGCUGUUAUAUUUAUUUUUUAAAAGGGAGUUUAUUUAUUUAUUUAUUUAGUAUUUAUUUGCUCCAUUUGUUCACAACCGUUAAUCUCCUACCCACGAGACGUGGGGCUCGAAAGUUUGUUAAAACUGGCUUCCCAAAAGCAGAUUAGAAAUAAAGCUUAAUGUCUACGAAAAAAAUGCACCCGCCGGCUGUGAUACAACAUGCCACCGGUCAAACUGGCGGCAAAGGCGGCCUUCUACCGACUCAAGGCGGUGGUAAGGCAGCGACCAAAGAUCGCCAGAAUGUGGAAAAUAUUGUUCCAACUAGUAAUGGAACCGAGGGAGCUACAAACGGCAGUAGUAGUUCUCAAAAUGCGAGCGCAGGUGCCGCCAACAACGUCGUCCCAGGUGGGGGUAAAAAGGGGGCAACAACUAAAACCAACACCGGCGGCACAAUGGUCAUCAACUCUACGAAUCUCGGCAAGCCAGUCAUCGCUGUUGGUGGUUCAGCCAUGUCCACAUUGAAUACCACCAAUCGAAGGAAGAACCAUCGAAUAAAUUCUCCCAAUCGUAGGCGCCAGGAGCAACAAACCAUUUUCAACAGCCUUAAGGCUUGGAAUGAUAAAAUUGCUCCGGCCUUCAAAUCGAUCACUGCGGAGAAGAAAUCGUCUACCGCAACCGGAGCAGAACCCAAAGUGAUCGCCGAAAAAGCAAAUAAGCCAAAAAGCGAUUACAAAGGCACUGUAAAUAAUGGCCCUUCCCCUGCCGUCAGCGGAACGAGUGGCGGCAACAGCAAUACUAGCAAUAAUAGUAACAGUAAUAGUAAUAGUGUUAGCAUUAAUGGUAGCAUCAGCAGCACCAGCAGUAGCAAUAGCAAUACAAACCAUAAGACCACCGCCAAUAAGAAAUCGAGUUACCAGCAACCGUCGUCCAUGGCGAUCCCUGUGGUCAGUGCUGCGAAUCCCGCCGUAGGUGUAUUGAUGGUUCAGCCAAGCAGCAGCAGCAGCAGCAUUAAGAAGCCGGAAGAUGUCACUGCUGGUUGCAAUAAUGGUGGUUCCAAUGCCCCACCAAGUGGCGGCAACGGAGUCGUUGCCCAAGCACAUGGAAACACCAAUCCUCCAAGGCCCUCGAAUUCGGACCCUAGCAAAAGCAGCUCGGUCAAGUUGGAUAAAAAGCCUCUGAGUACGAAUGUAAGUUAUGGAAACGGCGCCAGUCACCACCGCAAUCAGCUUUCAACUUCAGCAGGAUGUUUCGUUCCAAAUUCCACACACGGGACAGUGCAGCAAGAUUCCGUUUCUUCGUGUUCUAACGGUACAUCAGUGGUAACAACUGUAUCCUCGGGUUCUACGAAUGGAGCAAUUGCAUCGGGAGGAACUAAUGCUAACAAAUCUGGCUCUACCAGAUCGUCCAAUGCAGGAAAAGUUCUACUUCCUAACGUACAUCCCUUGACUGGGGCUCCUUUGGACCCUGUAUCAAUGUUUCAAGGUAAGAUGAGGAACUCAAUGAAAAUGGAAAAUUUUUUGGUUGGGCCACAAUCCCACAUUCCUCAUCAUCACCAUCAUUCGAAUGGUCUUGGUCAUCAACAAGGACAAGCACCUCAGCAUGGGCCUGGUCAGCAACAGCAAUCGCUUCCUGCACCUACAUCUCCACAUUACAGUUUGGAUUUUUUGCAUUACGUUGGGAUGAGAAUGUCAAAUGGAACUAGUCAACCUGGUGGAAAUACAACAACUGCCGUCACCACUACACCUUUUCGGACAAAUCCGCAUUUCACCUAUGGCAAUUUUAAUCAACAGUUGCAUCAUCAUCAACAUGUGCUGCACCAGCCACAGCCCUACGGCCAUCAACAUCUUCAGAGACAUUAUCCAGGCAACUUCUAUGCUACCAAUGAAGAACAACUGGUAGUCCAAAGUAACGGGGGUGGGGCUAGUAGCGUUAUCGCUAGUGCAGCUGUGUCUGAUUCGGGAUUCAAUACUACAUUCGGCGUAACGGAGCAUGUGUUGAACAUAUCCGCGGGGGCAGCAUCCAAUGGCUCUGGUAGUACAGAUGCGGUUCCUUAUGGAUAUUCUCAAAACCAGAAUCACCAUCACCAUCAUCAGAAUCAUCCUCCAGGGGGAGGAACACAUCAGUCGUACAGUAAUGGUGGUGGUCAUCAGAGCUAUCAUCACAACAACAACUAUCAGCAGCACAAUCGAAAUUACAACCGUGGUGGACAAUCUGCUGCACAACACAAUGGAAAUUCACAAGGAGGUAAAAGAUCUUGGUACAACAAUUGGCAUGGUAAAAAAGGUGGCAUGGGAAAUGGCAAAUACGGUGGCAAAGGAUUUAACAAUGGUUAUCGCAAAAACUAUCAUUACUACAAUAACAAUCAUCACCUGAACGGUCACAAUGUCUAUGACCACCAAUAUCUAAUGCAUCAACAUCCGGAUCACCUGCGAAGUUUAGUUUAUCUUAGAGGUUACGAUAGAGGCUUUGGGGCACCUCCAAGUCACAGUAGUGCUAGUCGAUCUCCUACUCCUAGCCCUCAAUCAGAAAGCCCUGCAAUUGAAGGAACACAUGAUAACAACUCCAGCAUGACGUUACCGGCAGCUUCGGUCCCCGAUGAUAAGAGUGACAGUGGCAUUGAGGAGGUUGUUCGUAAUCUUAAAAAACUGAACACCGCCCCUAACUCCUCAUCGUCAUCUUCGUCGGUAGUAUCUAUUCCAUCAACCGAUUCGUCGGCGGUGCAUUCCGUAGCAUCUCAGUCUAAUAAUAUAGACAUGUCAUGUACAACGGGUCAUGGGUACGAAUCAGAUUCCUCGCAUUCGUCUGGAUUCAAUAGUCAUUCCUAUCGGCAACGUAAAUAUGCGAACAGUGGUCAAGUGUACCGAUCAUCCUCGUCUACAUCAUCGGGAGUUUCGUCCACGGCAACCUAUCCUCCACAUCUUGCAGACCACACCCUACCGGCGUCAAGUACGGCUGUGAGCACUCCUACGGCAACAAACUCGCAAGUAGCUGAUUUCUUUUUGCGAAGUCAGAGUUAUCAUGGUUCUCAUCAAAAUUUAACAGUAGCUAGUGAAAAUGCUAGUCCUAACCCUCCGGGUUCACCUGUAGGAUUACCGAUGCAACUGGUUAGCACUCAAUCUAUGCCGAUGUUUAGCGAACUUUUCACCGGCCAAAAACCCAACCAGAAUCAACUGUUGCAAUCGAAAACACGGCAAUCAGAACUAGGCGAAGGCAAUCAUACCUCGUUGUACGGAAGCAAUAGCUCGCUGGAGUUGACACUACAACCAGGCAAUCACAGUGAUCCGCCGACCGGUCCCGGCAGUACGUCUUCAGUGAUCUCCACCGCUUCGAAUGCGAGCAAUUCCAGCUUAACGAGCAACGGUAGCAGUAGCGGUUAUAGCAGUAGUAUAGCCCCGUGUUCAACGGUGCCUUCCAACGAACCCAACCUGAUUCAAGGUGGAUAUUCCAAGAGGAGGCAAUCCGGACGACAAUCCCCUAUUUUGAUUAGCUCAACAACUAAAUCCGGUCGUUCUUCGUUUGGUUCUGCUGGAACCUCUGUGUCGACUAUUGCUCCGGAAAGCAACCAUCAAACAUCCCAGUCGCAGCCAGCAUCGCCAACAAGUCCAUCGUCUGCCCAUCGCAAGCAGGAAUCUGCUUGGAACCAAAGUCGUGCUCUGAUACCUGUAGCACCCGCACAGGUUUCGGUAGCACAACCACAACAAACAGCUUUUUCCCCGCUAUACGCCGAGGUGCCGACGAUGAGCGAUUUGAACAACUUCCACACUCCAGCGGACCGAUAUUUGGCCCGUGCCCAUUUGGUUGAAAUGACCGAACCACCAAGCGAGUUGGCGCCAGCUGGCAGCAAAUGGGAAUCACUGUCCCAAGCGGUUUGGGACAAAUUUAUUUCAACUCAGCAAACACAACAAAAGUUUGUGGUAAAGAUACAACUGUGGAGGGUUCUUUUCAUGUUUGUACGGAAAGCGUUUCCUCGACUAAGCUUGUAUCUAGUGGGUAGCACUGUUUCCGGGUUUGCAUCCGAUAGCUCUGACGUUGAUAUGUGUCUCGUAUGCCGGACCGGUGCAGUUCCAUUUGACAUCCGUGGUGAAGCUUUGUUUCAGCUGGGGCAGUUGAAAAAUUAUUUCAUGAACAUUAACACUUCUUUCGAAGAAUUUAGUGUCAUCCAAGCUAAGGUUCCGAUUUUACGAUUCCGGGAUUCAUCAAAUUCCAUCGUCGUAGAUCUCAACUACAAUAACUGUGUUGGCAUUCGGAACAGCCAUUUAUUGUAUUGCUACUCUCAACUGGAUUGGCGUCUCCGGCCGCUGACGCUGGUCGUAAAGCUAUGGGCUCAGCAUCACAACAUUAACGAUGCCAAAAAUAUGACCAUCUCGAGCUAUUCGCUGGUCUUGAUGGUGAUCCACUUUCUCCAGUACGGAGUUAAUCCACCGAUUUUACCUUGUUUGCAUGCAAUGUAUCCGGAUAAAUUUGUGCGGAUGUCGGAUAUAAGUCACCUGGAUUUGAUGGAGGCCAUGGAACCAUAUAAGAAUGAUAACACCCAAACUAUUGGAGAGCUAUUCCUACAGUUUUUGGAGUACUAUGCGAACUUUGACUACAGCCUCUAUGCCAUAUCAGUAAGGACGGCAUCAGUCAUUCCGAUUGAAAGCGCACGUGUUGCUCGGAGCUACAAAAACGAUCCCCAUCACUGGCGACAGUUGUGCAUAGAAGAACCAUUCGAUCUCACCAAUACGGCCCGUUCGGUGUUCGACGCGGACAUCUUCGAGCAAAUCAAAGCCGUAUUUUCGACCUGCUGGAGGAGGCUGAAAGAUACCAACGAUCUCAGCUCAGUGUUCGAAUGCGAGCCGCUGUUCAUUCCGGUGGCUUCCACACUCUCGCUCACGUCAUGAUCCAGCGUCGUCGACGUCGUCGUUUUCAAGUUGUUGAUAUUACUGAGGGUGAGGUCGCACUUAGUCUCUGCCAUAGCCGCCUAAACCGAUAGGUGAGUUUCUUAACCGAAGACUGACCCUACAAAAUGGACAGACAAACUAACGCAGCCGACCGACUCCGUUCACGCUAUCUUGUACAGCAUAUCAACAAUUGUGGAUUCGGUAUUAUGAUUUGGGGAUGGGGAGCGAAAGAGCCUCCCGAUUACAGACAUACAUACACACCCACACAUAUCAGGCGUCAGACUGCUGAUCAUUCCAGGAGGGGAAAAAUUGGAAGAAAGAACAAACUUAAAAAAUAUAGCCCGUACUUUUGCUGUAAGUAGUAAAACUAGAAGGCUUUAAACCAGUCAAAAAAUGGCAAAAAUGUGUUCAUUUUAUCGCCAGUCAUAGUAUGUGUGUAUAUGUGCAAAAAAUCGUAUCGAUCGGGGUCCCGAUCGGACAACAAAACGUCACAGUAGUCAUUGUGUGCAACUUUGGCAUCAGUCAAAUGGAAGAAAGAGAGAGAGAGAGUAUAAGUGGAUGAUAAAAGUGUGUGAGAGCGUGCGAGGAAAUCAUUUAGGAGCUAGGAUAAGGCGAACGGAUGCUUCCGGAAACGUUUCCCGUAGGCAGGCGCUCUGUAUCAUGAAAUGAUCUCGUUUAAAUAUUACGUUAAUUUUCGUGCCAUCGAUUUCUCGUUAUUGUUCUCGUGAGCAAACAAAAGUUUUUGCUGGAUGCGUGAGGCUCAACGCGAGGGGACCAAUGAAUGAUCUGAAGAAAACUGGAUCCUAUAAGAAACUGGAACAAAUCCCGCUUAGAAACCGCUGGUUGUCGAAUCAUCCCCCCGCACCGCAGUCCGAAGUUGGUAGAGUAGGUAGCGUAGUAAAACGACAGGAGAAAAACGCAGUCCGGUUAUACAUAUUAAUAUUUUGUGCUCUAGUAUUAGCUGUCUCCUGCCUAUUGAUGUAGAUGUGACUCAAAUACUCUUUCUAGCUAGUAAGCUUUAUACUACGAAAUCGUAAACGAGCAAAACCACGCUGAAAAGGACUAAAAGGAAACUGAGAGAUCCUACCAGUAAUAUAUAUUUAAAAAUGUUGAAACAUUGGGCUGAAAGAGGCAAAAUUUGCACUGAGCCAUUCACAUACAUGGAAAAAACAAUAAGCUAAGGAGCGAAUACACACACAUACACAAAGAAGACAAACACGUUGGAAAACAGGAAAUGAAUUCAUGUUUUAAAAGGGUUCAUUUUAAAAAAGCAAAAAGAUUUAUAUUAGAAAUUAAAAAAAACACGGCUGUGAAAAAAUUAAGAAAUUUAAAUUAUUGAAAAAGAGUGAAGCAAAACUUAAGGAAACUAAUUAAAGAUAUAUUUUUAGAUUUAAUUUAUACGAAAAAAGGAAGAAUGCGUAAAAUGCAAGAGAACGGAAGGGAAGUAGUGAAUGCAGGAAAAGGAGUAGAAAGUGUAGAAGCGAAGCAGAAAAAAGUAUAAAAAAGUAUUAAAAAAAAUAAUACAAAAAGUUGCAAAAAUACCAAAAAAAAAAAAUAAAAUAAAAUGCCUAACAGACGACGCACGAAAAUUGCAAGUGAUCAAGCAGUUGGAAAAUUGUGUACACACAUAACAAGAAGGCGCAACCAGCAUCGGAAGACAUCGGCAACAAGAACAGAUCAAGCAACAACUAUGUGUGUACGUCUUUAUAGGCAAUCGUCUCGUUUGAGCGAAUCACAAAAAAAAACAAAUAACCAAAAAAAACUAAAAAAAUUAAGAAAAGAUGCGUUUUGUUUGAAGAGAGGCGUAUUCUAUAUUUCAUCUUCUAUUUAUUCCGGUUUUUGCGGAGGGUCAUUGAGACACGGACCUGCCAGGCAAUCUAGGUAUAGGAGGAAGGCAAUCCAUUGUAAAUUAACUCAUCCUUCCACUAGGCAGAUGUUGUUUGUUCGAAGAAGCUCAAUUUGUUGUCUACCAUCUUAUUAUGCUUUUGAUCUUUUCAAGUUAGUAUAGGAUGAAAUCAACUACCGAAAAAAAAACACACACAAAACAUUGUAGCGACAGUUUUGCUCCAUUUUGAUUUCCUUUUCAUCUGUGUAGAUUUCUUAGAAAGGCAAUCUUAGAUUCAAAAAGUGAAAAGUUUUGCAAAAAAUGUUCAAAAAAAAAGUACCGAAAAACAUCAUCUGGAUCGUGUUUUAAUUUUACCACCCUCGAUGUGCAAUGUGCAAUUAAGAAGAAAGCGACAAUUCUUCUUACUCGGUGAAAAAAACCUUGGUUGGUUGUGCGCCGAUUCGUUUCCCGACUACAAGCAGAUAGAGGAAUGGUCUCGUUUUCCUUCUUACAUCGGUUAUCAAAGACGGAACAAAACUAUUACAGUAUAGAACAGCCUCUGUGGUUUUUACAGAAUGAAUCGUUUCUAAGUGAUAUAGGCAAGUGAAAAUUGCCGAAAAAAAUCGAAAAAUUCAAAAUCAAUCAAAUAAAAAGUAGAAAAACAUA